AUGUUUGACUUUAACUCUACUGGGUUCACCAAUCCCAGUACAUUCAUUCUUCGGGGUAUCCCUGGGCUAGAGACCUUGCACAUCUGGAUCUCCAUCCCUUUCUGCUCCAUCUAUGCUGUUGCCCUUUUGGGAAAUGUGAGCAUCCUCUUCAUUAUCAAGACAGAUUCCUCUCUUCAUGAACCCAUGUUCUACUUCCUCUCCAUGCUGGCUAUCACUGACCUUAUUCUCUCAACAUCAACUAUGCCUAAAAUGCUUGGAAUAUUCUGGUUCAGUGACCAUGAGAUCAACUUCCAUGCCUGCCUCAUUCAGAUGUUCUUCAUUCAUGCUUUUUCUGCAGUAGAGUCAGGGCUCCUGGUGGCCAUGGCAUUGGACCGAUAUGUGGCCAUCUGUAACCCACUGAGACACUCAUCUAUACUCACCAACUCUGUAGUGGCCAGAGUGGGUAUGGUGGCACUUCUACGGGGCUUGAUACUCAUGACUCCCCACCCCUUCCUGGUGAGGAAGUGGCCAUACUGCCGGACCAAUGUUGUCCCACACACUUAUUGUGAACACAUGGCUGUGGUUAAAUUGGCUUGUGCUGAUAUUUCCAUCAACAGCCUCUACAGCUUGGCUGUCAUCAUCCUGAUUGUGGGCACAGAUGUAACAUGCAUCUCUUUGUCCUACAUCCAGAUUCUUCAAGCAAUCUUCAGCCUCCCCUCCAAAGAUGCACGCUUAAAAACCCUCAGCACCUGUGGCUCUCAUGUCUGUGUUAUCCUCACUUUCUACAUCCCUGCCCUUUUCUCUUUCCUCACCCAUCGAUUCAGUCAGCAGAUCCCCCACCACACCCAUAUUCUCUUGGCCAACAUGUACCUGCUGGUGCCCCCCAUGCUUAACCCCAUCAUCUAUGGGGUCAGGACCAAACAGAUACGGGACCGGGUUUUGCUUCUAUUCAAAACUAAGAUCAUCUGA